AUGUAUCAGAGACUUAUAGGGAGACUCUUGUAUUUGGAAAUCACAAGGCCAGAUAUUUCAUAUACAGUCCAAGUUCUCAGUCAAUUUAUGAAUGCACCAAAACAGUCUCAUUAUGAUGCAGCAUUGAGGGUAGUGAAAUAUAUCAAGAAUUGUCUAGGACAAGGUUUGUUAAUGAGUAGCAAACAGAGUAGGAAGGUAUCUGCAUUUUGUGAUGCAGAUUGGGCAUCCUGCUCAGUGACAAAGAAGUCUGUUACAAGCUUUUGCAUGAAACCCGGAGACUCCAUGAUUUCUUGGAAAUCCAAGAAACAGAGGACUGUUUCAAGAAGUUCAGCAGAUGUUGAGUAUAGAAGCAUGGCAAGCACUAUGGCUGAGUUAACUUGGAUACAUGGACUGCUGGAAGAACUAGGAAUGCAAGUUGAUUUGCCUAUGGAGUUGUACUGUGAUAACAAAGCAGCUAUACAGAUUGCUUCAAAUCCAAUGUAUCAUGAGCGCACAAAGCACAUAGAGAUUGACUGCCACUUCAUUCGAGAAAGACUACAACAGGGCAUGAUUAAAACAUCUUAUGUUCCCAGUAAAGAUCAAAUUGCAGAUAUACUAACCAAGGCACUUGGAAAACAGCUACAUAAUGAGAUGGUUUGCAAGUUGGGGAUAAUCAACAUUUUUCAUCACCCAACUUGA